CCGCCUCCCUUCUCCGUCCCUCCCCAUCGCAGCCUCCGGGGCACCGCCGGGUCGCUUCGGCUGCUGCAGCCGAGGCUGCCAUGGCGUGUGGAUUGGCCUCCAGACUCCUCUCCUCCUUCUCGUUGCUCCUCUGCUUGGGUCGAGGCAUCGCUGCAGGAACGGAGGAGGUGGUGAUUGGGGAGGUGGAAGGAAACGUCACCCUUGUGUGCCGGAAUGUGUCUCCGCGAGCGCUCAAGGUGGAAUGGUUUCAUGGCGACCCGGGAAAGAUCCCCAUCCUCUUCUCGUCGGACGGCAGCCUCCCUUCUGACACUCGCUUCUCCCUGGUGAGGAACAGCUCCUUCCACAUCUCAGGCUUGCGGCUGCAGGACGAAGGCAACUAUACCUGCAGAGAGGUCCUGAAUGAGACAGACCACAGACACAGGAUUCAGUUGCUCGUUGCCAGUGGCCCCACCAAGGUGAAUGUCAACAUCGGUCCUGCCACGGUGCUACCAAAUGGCACCCUCUACGCCCAGAGACACGGGACCCUCAACUUCUCCUGCACCAGCGACUCCCGCCCAAGCUCUGCGACCAAAUGGGAUUUCUUCCAGUCUGGCUCUGGGCAGGAGCCCUUCACGGAAGUCAACAGCUCCCUGAGCUACUUUACCCUCUACAACUUGUCGCCCAGGUUGCAAGGAAAUUACUCCUGCUCGGCAACUAACCUGCUCAGCCACCGGCAGCAGACAGUCACCCGUGAACUCCUCAUCUACUAUCCUCCACCAUCACUGCCUCGAUGCUGGGCUCAAACCUCCGUGGAAGGCUCUGGAGGGGUGCAGCUGCAUUGCAGCUGGACCGGGGGUUACCCGCACCCCAUGCUUCAGUGGACCAAUCUGGGGAACCUGAGCCAGGACGGUAACGUGACGGACAUUGCAGACACCAAUGUGGCUGCUUUGAAUGGCUCGCCUCUGCUCUCUGGGAAGGAGUUUGUUUGCCGCGGGAUCCACCUGCUGCAGCAGACUGGCCAGGCCUGCACCGUGAGGCUGGAGGCCCCUUCGCUUGUGUCCGACCCCAUGAGGAGCUGCUUCGUAGGGGGAGCCACUAGGAUGACGUGUCAGGCCAGUGCCGGAAACCCCCCUGCCAACAUUUCCUGGCUGCGCAACGUCUCCCGGACUCAGAUGGAGAUCCGUUCCGGCGGGAGGUUUCUGGUCAGCCAAAAGGGCAACGUCUCCACUCUGGUAAUCCAGAACUGUUCUCACAGUGCGGACAGCGGUUUGUACAUUUGCAAGGUUGAGAACCCCCUGGGGCUGAAGGAGGCGUAUGUUUACCUCACCGUGAUCGAGCCAGUGAACAUCGCAGGCAUAGUGGGUGCAAUUGUGGUCCUUUUGCUGCUGGGCGUUCUAGUCCUCUCUGGAGUCCUCUUAUACGCUGGACCCCGUUGGUGCCUAAAAGCCAACAUGCUCAGGAAUCGAGAUGCAAGUGAUAUCCUUGUGCUGAUGGAUUCGGAGGAAGAGGAUCCGCUGGCGGAAGUAGCCGGGGAGCCUGCUUCAAAUCAGGGGGUUGCCCUGGCUAAUGGAGGGUCUGCGACGCCUCACCAAAGUCCCCAGGCAGACGUGCCUAGUGAAAAUUCCCUGGAGGACACCAACAGAGAGACCAUGUCCUAAAUGUAGAGGGAGCUCUCUUGCCUUUCCGUGUGUGCUAGGAAACCAAAGCUUCACCGCAAUGUAACUCUGCUCUGAUCCUGACCGGGGAGAAGGAAGGAGUUCACUUGGCAGCCAGAUCAUUCUCAGAGGCCUUCUUCAUCCCGUCUUGAUCAUGCCCUUCCACAUUUUUCAUAAUUCGCCCGCCUGCCUUUUCUCCCCC